AGACGAGUAAUUAAUAAAUUGCAGUCGAUGCUGACGUACAAUGGCUGUUCCGGAGGUACCGUAGACACGGAGAACGGUUCUCCAGCGGAGUCGCUGUUGUCCGCCGAAGGGGAACUCGCGGAGGAAGUCGGGGAUUCCCCGGGUACGCCGAGGGACACCGAGGAGGAGGCAACCCUUUCCGAUGAAUUUUAUUCCCACGACACGGACGACGAAGACGAUCAAGGGAAGAAACGACGGGACCGUACCAACUCCCUAGACGGGAUCUCAUCGUCUGGGGGUGGUAAUCUCGGUUCGCCAACUCCUCGUGUAAGUGCUUUUGCAGAACUCCGGAAAUUGGUUCCGACCCAUCCACCAGACAAGAAACUGUCCAAGAACGAAAUCUUGCGUUUGGCGAUAAGGUACAUAAGGCUUCUAAGCAACGUCCUGGACUGGCAGAAGGCGCAGGACCGCAACGAGAUGGCUCAACACGAAGUGCGAAUUAAAUGUGAGCCGUCGUUCAACUCUCAAAAUUCGACCAUAUAUACCAACAAGCCGUCGAUGAACUUUCUAAAGCAAGAGAAACACAUUACCGAUAAUCACAACGGGUACAGAACGAGCUUCUCCGCGCAGAAGCAACUGCAUCCGGUUUCUCACGUGGCCUGCGACAAAAACGGGAACAAUCUGCUGAUGAUCGCGCCCGGCGGUCACAGCGUCACUGCCGCCAUGAACAAAAGAAGCAUGACACCCUCAUCGAUUGGUCAAAAUGCUCUUCCAACUGGUGCACUGACGAACGGAAGCAUGAUACGUCCUCCACGAUCCUCGACCUUCCCAAAGUCACCCCAAAUCAACGUGCAAGCGGUAACCAACUCGAACAUCCUAACGAAUUGUCCAGCGAACACGGCUUUGAGCAACAUGUCCACGGUGAACGGAAGUGUCCCGAAUUGUGGCCAGAAAAGGUUGAAGAUGGAACGGGAAGACGAGGAGCAGUCGGUUCAAGGCAAAGACUGCAAAACAUUGCCGUCACCAGUUCAUAAUGUUCCAGUGAGAAAACGAGCAAAGGUUGCGUUCAUCAAAGACUCGAAUCCGGGUUUCCGUAACGACUUCCGAAACGUCGAACGGAAGUAA